CGGCCAUAUCACUCCAGUAUUUCGUCUACGUCUUGCCGAAAAUGGCCGAAAUCUGGUAAGUCAGGAGUCUGACUGUGAACGUUUCGUGUCAACGUUUCGUUAGAUCCGAAUUCGUUGGUUUUGUGUGACCCCCAUGGACGUCCGGAAGUCGCUAGGUCGCUAUGUUUUGCAACUGCGUUGGAACGGUAGAUAUCUGCAAUAUGGCCGCUCACAGUCUGAAAGCGUUAGGUUAAGUUAGCGUUAGGCUAACAGAUAACUCAAAUGCGAUAUCAGCGAUCGAACAAUUUCACAAACGUUCAAAGUUUCUGAAAUGGGCAAGAAAGGCAGCACUUGGUGUUCAGCAACAGGCUGCAAGAACGAUUUCAAGACUACGAGAAAGAGUUUUUUCAGAUUUCCGAAGGAUCCUGCCAGGUGGCUGAUAUGGGUACAUGACAUUGGACGACUCGAUUUACUUAAGAAAGGACCGGAGUAUGCUAAUCGGAACUGUAAAUUAUGUGGGGAUCAUUUCGAGGAGAGAAUGUAUCUCAAUGAUUUAAAAACAAGGCUAAUGCCUGCUGCGAUUCCGACGUUACGAGUACAAGGAGUAUUGACCGAAUUGGUACAAUUUAGGCAUAAUGAGAAUGCUAUGCCAAUGGAUCCGACGUUGGAGUCUGAGUUGCUCGACGCAGAUCCAGACUUGCCGGACCAUAAACCCAAUAUCUUGGAUAUUGAAAAUUGUGCUACUACGACUGGAGUUCAGCCACCAUCAUUCGUUGCGGUGUAUAUUCCUAUGAAACGGGAGUUGCGACAUGAUUUAAGAUUUGAACGAGCUCAAAUGGCUCACUUGCAAAACGACGAUCCUUUAAAAUGAGUAACAAUCUCUGAUUUUCAAAGAGCGCACCAAAAAUAUUAACUUUUGCUAGUCUUGCUUCUCAAUGAGCUUCACUGCAAGCGGUGAAGAGACGGAGGUAUCUCUAAAUUUUUUAGAUAGGCAGUACAUUUGAUAUUAUGUACGCUGUGUUAAGACCUUGCAAACAACAUUUCUUUCUCACACAUCUGUUAUUGAGUUUUGUUAUACAUUUUGUGUAUAAAUGUAUAUGUUACGGUAAAAGUAGAUAUUGCGGCCCUCGUUUGGAUGAUGUGCAUUCAACUAACAUUUACAAUUUCAAAUAAGGGAAAUGUAAUGUACAUUGAAUUCACAAUGACCAUGUCGUUUUGGUAAAUGUGCGCAUACAAAAUAUGAAAUCGCAAGUGCUAGUAAUGUGGUGCGCCUUAUAUGGAGGCCGCUCCAAAAAUGCUUAUUAAACCUAACCUAACCUACGACAUAUUAUAUAAUAUGCAAAGUAUGUUUUGUUUGUCAUCUACAUUUUUUAAUUAAAAUAAUUUUCGUUAUUAAAGCUUUUUGUAUUAUGUUUACUCAAAUAAAUAUUUUUUUACUGCAACAAC